UGCGUCAUGGGUUGCCGCUGUAUUUUGCCCCUCAACCUUGAUUUAUGGAUAGGCAAAUACGUAUUUUUAAAAAAGGCUUUGUGUAUAAUACAAGGCAGUGAUACACCACCGCACACAACUAGAAUAAUAUUGUUCGAUUUUUAUACGUACUUGAAUACCUCUGACACAAAGUCACAUUUGGGGGAAGCUAUGACGUAGCGGAAGUCGUCAAUUGACGUGGCCGUUUUUGGGUUUUUCGAGCGGGACGGUGAUGUUGUGAAACCCCUCAAAAGUUUUCAAACUUCGAAAUACUUUGUAUUGGAUUUGCUUGGUUUAUCGAAUAUGGCCUUGCAACAUGAAACACACCUCCCGCCGUCGCUGACGAGUUUGAAAAAUGUUGAUGCCCUGUUGCGGUGUCCCAUAUGUUUUGACUAUCUCAACACUACAAUGAUGACCAAAUGCUCUCACAAUUUUUGCUCCUUGUGCGUCCGGAAAUUUUUUUCUUACAAGCUUCAAUGUCCAGUUUGCAAUGCACAAGCCACAGAACAAGAUCUGCAAAACAACCGUUUACUGGAUGAGUUGGUUAUAAACUUUCAAGCUGCAAGACAGCAAUUGUCAAAAACACAUUUUGACUCUCCACCAAUAUCCCCAAAGAACCCAGCAUCAGUCAAAUUUAAAGCAACCAGAGACAAAGGCCAGAAGUGCAGCAGCUCUGAUGUGAGUCACUUUUUCCAGAAGAGGCCCAGAAAAUCUCCUGGCAAAGUGGAUCAGACUGGAUCGACACGCUAUGCGAGUGACACUGACCUGCACUUGAGCAUUGUAAAGGAAGAGCCUAUGGAUGUGGGGGAAGCAUCCUACCAGGAUGUGUCAUUGAAGCCAGUGGAUACAGAAUUACACAGACCGAACACAGAGGAAGAGAUGCCACAUUCUUCUUCAUCCCCGCUAAAAGACGUGAAGCCUGUAAUCAAAGUGGAGUGCCCCGUGUGCAGCAUACGUGUUUCUCAGCCCUUCAUCAACAAACAUCUGGACAUGUGUCUCACAAGCGGGGAGAAGAAGGAAAGCUUAAGGAGGUGUGCUGGAGCCAAUCCCAGCUGUCAUUGGCCAGGAGGCAGGGUACACCCUGAACUGGUUGCCAGCCAAUCCCAGGGCACAUUGGGACAGACAACAGUCACACCCACCGUCACACCUAGGGUCAAUUUAGAGUGUUGCUCCCUUGGCAAGGCAAGGCGCCCAAUGGGGAAACUGGUGUACAACCUGCUUUCCCAGGCAGAGCUGAAGAGAAGGCUCAAGGAACAAAAUCUUUCAGUGAAAGGCACCCGGGAUCAGCUGAUUAAAAGGCACCAGGAGUUUGUGCAUUUGUAUAAUGCGCAAUGUGACUCUCUCAACCCAAAACCAGCUGAAGAGAUUGUUAAAGAGGUGGAAGCCAAUGAGAAGAUCAAAAAUCAGCUACAGAGCAAAGCUAAACCUGUUAUGGUUUUCUCAAAGAAUCACUCUGAGAAGGAGAUUGAUGCGGUUCACUCAUUGUACAGAAAGCAGCACAGCAGCGACUUCUCUCGACUAGUUGCCCAGGUUCGUGGUCGCCUAGAUACAACCAGGAAGACUCUGAUAAUAGAGGAUGUGGCUGGGGGCGAGGAUGCAGAACAAACGGCCUCGGCAGCUCAAAGUUCAGAUUCAAGAAAUUCCUUGGAUAUCAAGUUUGAAGGAGAGGAAGAAAAUGAGACUUCUGUGAGAGGCAUUAUUUUGUCAAACAGCCCCACGUACAGUGACGUGUCUGUCAGUAGUUCUAUUUCGGACAUCUUUGCACCAGAUCCUUUGCAAACUGAUGUCACAGAGAGGACGUCUGUCGAAAAGUGGUCGUCUUGCUCCCAGAAAUCCUUCGCCGCGUCUUCGUCCGCUUUGGGGAAACGGCACCGUAAAACAUGAAAAGGGAUUUAUUGAAGAUGGAGGACUAAAGAUUGCAGACAUUCAAGACAUAACUUGAUGGAAUUGGAAGAGGUGUUGGGAGAUUUUUUUUUUUUUUAUAUAUGUUAAAUAUAUACAUUUUUUUACUUUUUUACCUUGCAAUCGACUGUCUCUUCAUUUUUUUAGGAAAGUCCAAUUCCAAAGAAGUUGCAUUGUGUAAAACAACAAUAAAAUUAUUUUAAAAAUC